UCCUUCUUAGUCUUAGAGAUAUUGUGUCAUUAGCAGGGAGGUAUCCUUUAUGUUUUUCUAUUUAUCUAGAGCUUUUAUGUCGGCCGCAGUCAUUUGGGUCCCUUCGUAAGUGUGGUCCGUUGAGAAUAGAAUGCCAUCAAGCAUGUUGGACUCAAAUCUUUGUCCACCAAAGGCGAAAAAAUUCGCCCAUAGUUGCCGAAACGCCAGCUCAGGGAGGCUUACAUACUGCGUACCGCCUCAACAUAAAUUAUCAACCAACACAAGGAUUUUUCAACCCGAGGAAAUGGAGUCUAGGAUUAUUUUACCGCCAUCGUUGUUGACUCAUUUAAGCGAAGAAGUUCUUGUGCUUAUUUUGGAGUAUUUGGACUUUAGGAGUCUUGUAAUGUUGGGCAAAACUUGCCGACUUUUUCAUCGACUCUGCCUCUCAGAUCUCAUAUGGCGUCAUCGAUGUAGGGUGGAUUUUGGUCUCAGAACAAGAUGGCCAGAGUACACUUUCAUUUACCUCUACGAAAUGUUCUACAAAGCUGAAGUACUUAAAAAUGAUCAUAAUUUUUUCAGACCAGUAAGUCAACUUAAAACAUCUGUUAUUGUUUGGUAUCUGUUGAAUCCUGUUCCUCCUUCACAAAGUGUGAGCCAUUUAACUGCAAGCCAGGCCAAGUCAAUAUGGGGAUUAACAGAUGAGGAACUUGAAUCAAAUUACCAUGACACAGACAGAGAAAGAGCAAUGCAAGAAGAUUUUCCUUCUAAUUACUAUGAAUGGACUAGCUUAUACAAACUUUUUGUUCGUAAACAUGAUGGAAUCAGACAAAUGCAGACUUAUGUUCUUAAGCGAUGUCUGAGAAAUCGGCAAGCCCUUGAGGAACACUUUCAACUUUCUUUGCAUUCUUCACGACAACAGAAAUGGUAUCAAUUUUUAGAGGACAGGGAUGCUGGAAAUAGAAAGGCACUUAAAGCCUUAACAGAGCACAUGCCAAGGGUAACUCACAGCUACAUGUUACAUCAGAUCACAGCAAUGUAUAUAGAUGGACACCUCAAAGGUGGUUUUCAGACUGUAGAGGCAUAUGCUGGAUUCUGUGGCUACUUCAAGAACUGGCUGGAUACCAAAAGCAUCAAGCUAAGCGUGCCGCGCCAAGGGGAAUUGGUUGCUGAAGAUUACAGAGCUUGUCUGGAGUACGUCAACAGUGAGCUUGCAAAACAUGCAGAAGAAAUAGAGUUGACUGUGAAUGAUUUUAUGAGUAAAGCCAAGCCAUAUGUGGAGAGACUUCAUGAAGUAUGGAUGUGGCAAAACCAAAAUGACACAGGUUACAGGAAGGAACACAGACCCUCCUCUGUGGUGAGGCGCCACAAGUGUUACAGGGAAUUUCUGGAGAAAGGAAAUAUGGAGGAUUUCAACCGUCUCAAGAUGUACUUUGAAAGAAAAGAGAUCGUUGUAGCGUGGUUUAAGGACAACAGCUGGUUACACACUCUUCUCGGAGAUUUUGUCAUGAGACCUUUGAGGCCGGCGUGUUUAUCAUCAGACCUAUCGUCUUCACACUUCUCGUCCGAUUGCGUGUCUGGACUGGUUCAGAGGUUUUUGGAGACUGGUUACCGUUCAGACUUCAACAAAAUCCGAAUGAAAUUGUCCGAAAUGGCUACACUUCAACUUCAGAAUCUUGUGCGAAAAUCUCGUCAGCUGCGAGACUCAAUUCAGCAAGACGUCAUGAAGGACGAUUGUGUUUAUGUAAGCGACUACGAAGAAAGAAACCUGAUGAACUUUUUUGGUAGAGAUCCGUUUUCAGAAUAUGGCCGGCGGAGAAUAGAAGUAGUCACCUUAGAUUAACUAUAUAAAGUUUCAUUGAGUACCUUGAUUCAGUGUCAGUGAGCUAGAAUCUAUUCGCGCUUUAUUUCAAGGUGACCUUUGUGUGGUGUUCCUAUGCUUCUGUGCAAUUCCCUUAUGCGGUUUGAUUUUUUGAUUCGAUUACCCAAUUCCUUGUUACCCUUUCAUUGCAGAAAAAAGCUAUAUAUAUGUAUAGAUAUAGACAUAUUCGAAUUGUGUUCUUGCAAAGUUUGUACGUGGAAUCGAGACUCUUUGAUUAACUUUAGUUCUUAUUAUUAGUCAAAUUCUUCGACCAGAAUUCUGCAUAAAUUCAAAACGUUUGUUUUUUCCUGUUUCAUAAUCAAUUGUGUAUUUAGGUCCAAGAUUGAUGAAGGUUUCUUUCUGUAGAUUUAAGUGAAUUAUUUAUUAUUUCAAGUCGAACUUAUUUUGUACAGUAUUGUUAGCCUCGAAAUGAAAAAAACUAGAAAAAGAAAUAUUUCAAAGCAAAGCAUUUAGUAGCCAUAUUGCGACUAUACUGUUGUAUUAUAGGACGUCAAAAUUAACUUGAGGGGAGGGGGGGGGAGUCGUGAUUGCAUGUCCAAUGUGGAUGGCCCUCAAUGACUCACUUACACUAGGCUCUAUUGCAAAGUUACGCUUUGUAUACUACUUGUGUCGUUAAUUUUGUACGAAAUAUUUUUACACGGAGUUGAUAUUUUCGGAAGACUUGUAUUAUAGAAUAUUUAAGCUUAUCGUAAUUUGUUGAGAACUUCCGUUCAGUUUUUGAGAGAAAAUACUAAAGAAACGUAAUUUUUUUUUGCCGACCAAGCGGUCAUGAUAAUGUUGAAAAAGCGUACGAGUUAUUUAUUAUCCAAAGGAAUGCUAUUUAGUAAAUUAUCUGAUUCACUAUAUGUCAUGAAGCUUUAGAUCGUGGUAUAUAUAUACUACACAAUGCCAAAUCUCUUUCAAAUGAGCAGAGCAGAAUGCUUGAUUAAAGAACAUUGCCAAAGUUUAA